GCAAAACAUCUUCGUCUCCAAGACGUUAUAAAAAGGCUACUGUAGUUUUCAUAAAUCUUAUUUUUCGAAUGAAUUAUAAUUAUGAUAUUUCCUACACUCUUUGAGGGACUUGAAUUGACCAUCACGCUUCCUGUGACCAUAUUUGGUAGCUCAUAUGGGGAAAACAUGAGCUUGCCAAAGCGUCUCGAAGGUCUAAAAAUGAGCGUUUCUCUGUCGCCUGUCACAAGAAAAACAUCCAAAGCCUCACUGGCAAGUUGAUCACACGCCCGAGCCGAGUGGUAGUUCCGCGGAGAGCAACUCUGAGUCGCGGCGACAAAACAAUUGUUGAGAGCGGAUAACUGCCCGGAGGAGACACACAGUGUAGCGCCAUGACCACGCUGCUGGACCUGAAGAGUAGCGUCUUGCGGCAGGUGCAAAGGAGCCAGUCGUUGAGGAGCCGUAGGGAAUCGCCGCCCGCUGCCGGCAGCCCUCUCAGCCACUGCCCAGAGCCCUUAUCCCGAAGGAUCUCCGAAGAGAGCAUGGAGUUCUUUGAGCGUAUGAAUACCAUUCUGCAGAAACAGGAGAACAUGUUGCAGGCCAGCCAGGCUGAGAGCCAAAGAGGAGCCUGCACCGUGCCACCACCACAAGAACAUGUGGACCAGGCCUUUAUCCAGGACAGAACCAGCAGGGUGGAGCUGGACUUGCUCUAUGAGGAGGUCGUGUACACAAUCGUCAACCGAGUGGGGGUGCCUUCAUCAGAGCAUGUGACGAGUGAUGAGGAGAUUUUUGCCUACCUGCUGAAGGUGUUUGAUAUUUGCGAGGAGGAGCAUGACAUUAUACUCCAGAAGGUGCAAGAAUCCAAGAGAGCCACUUUUUCCUUGAGAGCUUCUGUCUUGAAAGCCAAGAAUCUGCUGGCGAAGGACGCCAAUGGCUACAGCGACCCCUACUGCAUGUUGGGGAUCUUGGAGGGUCAGAGCUCGCGGGAGCCCGAGGAGAAGAAGGAGAGGAAGUUCAGCUUCAGGAAGAGGAAAGACAAGUUGGAGAAACGCUCCAGCACCAAGGAGGCGCUGCCUGCCAGGUGCAUCCAGGUGACUGAAGUCAAGCCGGAGACCCUCAAUCCCGUCUGGGAUGAGCAUUUUGUCUUUGAAGUGGAUGACGUCCACAGUGACUUGCUACAUUUGGACAUUUGGGAUCACGAUGACGACGUCUCAGUGGCCGAGGCUUGCAAAAAACUCAAUGAAGUCAGUGGACUUCGAGGAAUGGGAAGAUAUUUUAAGCAGAUUGCAAAAUCAGUGCGUGCCAACGGAUCGUCGUCAUCCGGCUCCGAGGAGAAUGCGGACGACUUCUUGGGGUGCAUCAACAUCUCUUUAAAUGAGAUUCCCGUCGGCGGCUUCGACGCUUGGUUCAAAUUAGAGCCUCGCUCGAGCGCCUCCAAAGUGCAGGGAGAAUGUCACCUGAUAUUGCAGCUUUUCACAAGCCAGAGAGACACGACGCUGUCGAAGAAAGAAACGAACGUGUCCAUCCACAAGAAACUCCUGAGUCAGAUUGUGGAGCAUGAGCACGCUCACGUCAAGCGUGAGCCGUACAACUGGAACGGGCAGGUUAGCCCCCCGGCGUGGACGGUGCUGACUCACCAUGCCGUGCAGACGGACCUCACCCGUCUCCAACAGGCCAUUAUUCGCUGGCAGUGCUACAGCGGACACCAUCGAACCCAGCGGGUGUGCUACUCCCUGUUGUUGCGCCUCCUGAGGGCCAUCGAUGCAGAGUGGGACCCUCCCUCUGUGAGAGGGGACCUGGAGAGGCAGCUGUCAGACAGCUUCAGGCUGUACACAGAGCACUGCCUGUGCCUGAUGAAGAACAUGCGGCAGGUUUUCCCCUGCACCAGCGCCGCCGCCAUCACGCGCUACGAGCUCAUGCUGAGGGGGAUCGGCUACAUGCAGAACAUGCGGGCCUUUAAGACCGUUUGCCCCCUCCGUAACGAGCUGCACUUGGACAUCACAGCCGCCGUGAAGAAAGGAACCUCUGAGUGGUACGAGGGCCUCAUUGCGCAGUACAAGGUGGAAGAUGGGUCGCUAGAGGAGCACCUGAAAAAAAUGGUCACGGUGGUGGACGCUGUCUGCGCAGACAUUCAGAGAGCUCAGAAUAUCUACAACAAACUGUUCUACAGUGCGGUCAGAGUGGAUUUCUUCAGCGUGUCCUACAGGCAGCUGGAGAAGCUGGUAGCCGAUGAUGUCAAUGUGGCCAUGGAGAGGCUUUGCGGCACCCUGGAGCAGGAAAGUUCCAGACUGACGCAGACGAUGGGCGAGACAGUCUUUGAGCUUUUCAUGUCCCUGAAGAGCCUCAAGGGCUUCCGGGAGUUUCUUCCUCUCAAGGAUGCAAAGAUGUUGGCCUUAACGGGAUUUCACAACUGGUUCAAGUCAUCCAUUCACAAGUUCCUGCAGAUUGUUCACGACAGGUCAUGUGACAGGAUCUGCAAAGCGGUGGAGACGGACAAGAUGGAAGCGGUGCAGCAGGCCAAGCACAGUUCCUCAGCGCUGGAAGUGACAUCCUGCUUCCGGCAAGUCCGAGACAUCUGGCUCCAACUGGCCUGGCCGGACUCUGCGGGGACAUUCAUCUUCGUCACCCGCUUGACCGACAACUUUUGUAGCGAGGCUGUGUACUACUCAGAGAUGCUCACGCGCAAGAUAGAGAGGAGCCAGCUGGGCCUGGACCACAAGAGCUUCAUAGUUCAGCUGUGCGUGGCCCUGAACGACGUCGAACACGUCCGCGUCUUCCUGGGAAACCUGCCUCGCGAGCUGGACUGGCCGGGCGUGGAGCGCGCCAUGGAGGAGUCGUGCGGCGCCGAGGGCAAGGAACAGGUGUUCAAGGCUCUCAAUGGGCAGCUCUUCAACAUGGAUCUGGACCUGCAGAGGGAAGCCAAGCACCUCAUCAUGCUGCUUACAGACAAGAUGGUGCCUGAGCUUCGGCGUUACAUCCAGCACAUCAGCUUGUCUCCCGACUCCAUCAACAACGACGACGCUGUGGCCCCCCUCAUGAAGUACCUGCAGGACACAGUGGUCAUCCUCACCGAAACGCUGGUGAAGGACAACCUCAUCCGGGUUCUGCAGAGCCUGUGGGAGCUGCUGCUGCGCAUGAUUCUGGACUCAGUCACAGAGAACCGAGGCGUUCAGGUGGAGUUCUACAACCGUUUCCAGUACACUGUCGAGACCUUAUUGCAAUUUCUCCAAGGAAACGGUCUGUCCCUUGAAGAUAUGAAGAGCGGAGACUACAAGGCCCUGGAGGAGGAGCUGAAGAUGAACAAGUGUUCCUCUUUCGAACUGAUUGAACAGUAUUACUUGGAAAAGAUCUCCCUGCAGAAAACCCUCAAACACACACGCUUUGGUCGCAUCAGCGUCAAGUGCUACUACGACGCUCCCGAGCAGAGGCUGACCGUGGAGAUCCUGCACGCCGCCGACAUCAUGGCGCUGGAUGCCAACGGUCUGAGCGACCCGUUCGUCAUCGUGGAACUGUGCCCCCACCACCUCUUCCCGCUGGCCAAGAGCCAACGCACGCAGGUGAAGCUGAAGACGCUGCACCCCGUGUUCGACGAGCUCUUCUACUUCCACGUGAGUCCCGAGCAGUACAGGCACAGAUUCGCCUGCUUGACCUUCACCGUGAUGGACUACGACUGGCUGUCCACCAACGACUUUGCCGGCGAGGCCGUGGCCCCGCUCAGCGACUUCUGCUGGCCAGGGAGGCCCAACGCCACGGCGACCGGCAAGAGCGUGCAGCCCUUCAUCCUCCACCUGUCUCGCAGCAAACCCAGCGAUAAACCGAUCAUGCGGAUGCUGGACGCUCGGGUGGGUGACAGGGAGGCUCAGGAGUUUGUCCGCAGGCUGAAGGAGAUUGAAAAGUCCAUGGAAGAAGAGUAAAAAACAAAAAAGAACACACAGAAAAAACACGCCCUGGGUCAAUGCGUAUCAAUGUUCUCUGACCAUGUCUCGCCACCUGUGCUCUUGUACUGGUACAAUGUUUACAAUUUUCGGCUUGUUGUUGCUGGGGUUUUUUUCCUUCUCGUUUUUACAAUAUUCAAACUUAUUGUCAAUUUGGUAUCCAUACCAAAUUGACAAAUUAAGAGGGAGUCACUGUGCGACCCGAUGCUGUCUCAGUUGAACUCCAUUUUAGGAAAAACUAUAUGUGACUAUUUUCUUUUCUUUUUUUGUAACGUUCUAUUUGGCGUAUAUUUGAUAUGUUAGAAUUCCAAACUGUUUUGUGGAAGUAGCACGCAGUCGAAAUAUGAAUUUUUACCUCACGUGGGUUUUUGGUGGUUUUUGGAUAGUGUUCGAUGGGAGGAAGCUCAGGGUCCAAAACUUGGCGGCGAAUCAUUGAACGUUUUUUCCAACUUUGAGUCGUAUUUGUAGCUGUUGUAUGAAUUCAAAUGGAUUGUUAUAAUUAGUAUACUCAAUUUAAAAAGACUAUAAUGGAUGUCAACAGCCAACAAAAUCAAUAGGCUUUUUUGUCCCAAAUCGUAAUUCACCUGGUACGGUUGUUUUUUGUUUUUUUAUUUUUAUGAAUGAAUGUACUGCAUUGUCUACUUCAUUGGUUAAUAUUCCAUCCUCCAAACCACUUGGAAAAGUUCUUGUAGCAAAAUGUUGUAUUAUUAAGCGUAGCGCGUCGGCCAUCUUUGUGGAAUGGGUGCGUUUGUAAUUUUGUGCAAGUUUCUACUAAAUUAAGUCGACAAGAUGCACUUUUUGCAUUUUGAUGUUGGGUAUUUUAAAAAUAAGGGGGGAAAAGAAGGCAGUUUUACUCAUUGAAGUGUUUCAAGGACGAAAAAGGCUCAUCGCCAUCUUACGUGAUUAAAUUUGGUGAAUUGA